AUGCCCACAUGGUCCAUGUUCUCGGUGGUUGAGCAGAGUUGGUGUGAGGGUUUCGAGGCGGCUGCCCCCUCCCUUCCUUCAGCAGCCCCCUCCCUUCAGCAGCCCCCUCCCUUCAGCAGCCCCCUCCCUUCAGCAGCCCCCUCCUUCACCCCCCUCCCUUCAGCAGCCCCCUCCCUUCAGCAGCCCCCUCCUUCAGCCCCUCCCUUCACCAGCCCCCUCCCUUCAGCAGCCCCCUCCCUUCAGCAGCCCCUCCUUCAGCACCCCUCCCUUCACCAGCCCCCUCCCUUCAGCAGCCCCCUCCCUUCACCAGCCCCCUCCUUCAGCAGCCCCUCCCUUCAGCAGCCCCCUCCCUUCACCAGCCCUCCCUUCACCAGCCCCCUCCCUUCAGCAGCCCCCUCCCUUCACCAGCCCCCUCCCUUCAGCAGCCCCUCCCUUCAGCAGCCCCUCCCUUCACCAGCCCCCUCCCUUCACCAGCCCCCUCCCUUCACCAGCCCCCCUCCAGCCCCCUCCUUCAGCAGCCCCUCCCUUCAGCAGCCCCCUCCCUUCACCAGCCCCCUCCCUUCAGCAGCCCCCCUCCCUUCACCAGCCCCUCCCUUCAGCAGCCCCUCCCUUCAGCAGCCCCUCCCUUCAGCAGCCCCCUCCCUUCACCAGCCCCCCUCCCUUCACCAGCCCCCUCCCUUCAGCCCCUCCCUUCAGCCCCCUCCCUUCACCAGCCCCCUCCCUUCACCAGCCCCCUCCCUUCACCAGCCCCCUCCCUUCAGCAGCCCCCUCCCUUCAGCAGCCCCCUCCCUUCACCAGCCCCCUCCCUUCACCAGCCCCCUCCCUUCACCAGCCCCUCCCUUCAGCAGCCCCCUCCCUUCACCAGCCCCCUCCCUUCAGCAGCCCCUCCCUUCACCAGCCCCCCCUCCCUUCACCAGCCCCCUCCCUUCACCAGCCCCCUCCCUUCACCAGCCCCCUCCCUUCAGCAGCCCCCUCCCUUCAGCAGCCCCCUCCCUUCACCAGCCCCCUCCCUUCCAGCCCCCUCCUUCACCAGCCCCCUCCCUUCAGCAGCCCCUCCUUCAGCAGCCCCUCCCUUCAGCAGCCCCCUCCCUUCACCAGCCCCCUCCCUUCAGCAGCCCCUCCCUUCACCAGCCCCUCCCUUCAGCAGCCCCUCCCUUCACCAGCCCCCUCCCUUCAGCAGCCCCCUCCCUUCACCAGCCCCCUCCCUUCAGCAGCCCCUCCCUUCACCAGCCCCCUCCCUUCAGCAGCCCCCUCCCUUCAGCAGCCCCCUCCCUUCAGCAGCCCCCUCCCUUCACCAGCCCCCUCCCUUCAGCAGCCCCCUCCCUUCAGCAGCCCCCUCCCUUCACCAGCCCCUCCCUUCAGCAGCCCCCUCCCUUCACCAGCCCCCUCCCUUCACCAGCCCCUCCCUUCAGCAGCCCCCUCCCUUCACCAGCCCCUCCCUUCACCAGCCCCCUCCCUUCACCAGCCCCCUCCCUUCACCAGCCCCCUCCCUUCUCCACCCAUUCACCCACACCCGACUCAUACAAGGCAGUGUGGGAGAAAAGACACACAACAGCUGGGGGCUCCCAUCAUGCCACUGGCCAGGGCUUGCACUUCUUAGCUCUGAGACCAGGCGUUGACAAGAGUAUCGUCAUAUUGUAA